UCCGGACUGCAGGACAGCUGCCUCCCUUCCUAACUCAUGGGUGAUCACUCUGGGAACAACAUGGACAUCCCAUCGAGGAGGGUUUAGUCGAUGACUUCCUGCAAGGAUUCCUGAAGAAAGCAAGUGACAUGAAACCUCAGCGAGUAAAGUGAGAAGUCCAGACGCGGCCCCGCGAGCCAUGGCCGGCCUGAGGCGCGGCCGGCCCCACUGCAUCCGGGCGGCGUUUGGCACGGCCGGCGCCAGGGCCGGCUUCCAGAGGAGGCGGAGAAACACGCGCUGUCACUUCAAGGUCAAUCACAAAAAGGAUCUCAUGGACUUUGCCGAAGGGAUCUGGAGAGAGCUUUUAGAUCCUUACGAUGGUGAAUCAGAAGACCGCAGACAUUCCCACCACGGCUUCAGCGACUGUCCUCUGGGUGACGUGAGCUGGAACAUCGCUUUGUACACACUGAAGUCGAAGAGUCCAGGGGACAUUCAUCUAGAAGACUCUCUGUCAUCAAAAAUUCCAGACCUUGUCAUGAAAGCUGCCAGCUGGGUCCCUGAGCCCCUGGCCAGCAGCGACGUGGACAUGCAGCCCGAGGACUUGAGAGCCACAGAGGAAGACCGGGCGCCCGAGCCCCCCCUCGCUCCCGCCUCACCCCCUGGCAGACAGGGGCCUGGCCGAGCCAGGGGGCCACGGCCGUCCCCCAGACUCGGGAGCGAGAGGGACAGGGGGCCCAAACUCUCAUUCUCCAAGAGAAAACUGGAGCUUUUACUUGCAGAGCCUGAAAAAAACAAGAGAAAGAAGCAGUUUGUGGCCUAAUCCAAGCAGGCGAGAGCUGAGAGCGAGUCUGCUGCCCACGCCAGGCGGUUCGCGGCCUCCGCUCCGAGUCCGGCGCCCUGGGCGAAUCCCCGGCCCAUGCUGUUCCUGAGUGCCAAUAAAAGGGAUGUCCCCACAAGGA